AUGAUUGAUGAUGAUGAUGAUGAUGAUGAUGAUGAUGAUGAUGAUGAUGAUGAUGAUGAUGAUGAUGAUGAUGAUGAUGAUGAUGAUGAUGAUGAUGAUGAUGAUGAUGAUGAUGAUGAUGAUGAUGAUGAUGAUGAUGAUGAUGAUGAUGAUGAUGAUGAUGAUGAUGAUGAUGAUGAUGAUGAUGAUGAUGAUGAUGAUGAUGAUGAUGAUGAUGAUGAUGAUGAUGAUGAUGAUGAUGAUGAUGAUGAUGAUGAUGAUGAUGAUGAUGAUGCAUGA